AUACGGUGGACUCAUCGCCGCCACCCGCUCGAACCGCAGCCCCCGGAAACCCCGGACCAUCCAGCAAACUCGCUUGCAUCAUGGACGCACCGCUCUCACAGAGUAUGGACUCCGUCAACACGGUAGCCACCGGUGAAGACGAGGUGCGCACCUUGUUCGUGAGCGGCUUGCCGAUGGACGCCAAGCCGAGGGAGCUAUAUCUGCUCUUCAGAGCAUACGAGGGGUACGAGGGGUCCCUGUUGAAAGUCACGAGCAAAAAUGGGAAAACAGCGUCGCCGGUGGGUUUCGUGACUUUUCACACGAGGGCCGGCGCCGAGGCAGCGAAACAGGACCUUCAGCAGGGGGUUAGAUUCGAUCCUGAUAUGCCACAAACCAUACGUUUGGAAUUUGCAAAAAGUAACACAAAGGUUAGCAAACCCAAGCAACCAGCCGCUGCAGCAGCCACCUCGCACCCUGCUCUGAUGCACCCUCUAACUGGACACCUAGGAAGCCCAUUCUUCCCUGGUGGUCCUGAAUUGUGGCACCAUCCACUGGCAUACUCGACCGCUGGCGAAUUACCCGGCACGCUGCAACACGCGACGCUGGUGCAUCCGGCGUUACAUCCUCAGGUCCCCGCGCCCAUGUCUCUGCCGCAUCCUACGACGCUGACGUCGAUACACGCGUCGCUGCCCCAUUUCCUACCUUCGCCGGCACUGGCAUCGCCGGUAGGUUCACCCUCGUCCCAGCCGAACAUAGCAGUGAGCAACGCGCCCUGUUCCACCUUGUUCGUGGCGAACCUCGGCCAGUUCGUGUCCGAGCACGAGCUCAAGGACAUCUUCAGCAGUUUUCCUGGUUUCUCCCGGCUUCGUAUGCACACGAAGGGAGGGUCGCCAGUGGCCUUUGUCGAAUACCAAGACGUUCGCUACGCGGCCCAGGCGAUGGCCACUCUCCAAGGAUCCUUUCUCCUCUCCUCCGACCGGGGAGCAAUACGAAUCGAAUAUGCAAAGUCAAAAAUGGCCGAGGUGGGCUUUACAAAUCUCUGGAUCGAAGGAUCAAAGAGAGAAGAAAACGGGCAACCUUAAGAUCGACAUCAACGGCAUGUAAGAGGAACGAGGGAAGACCAUGCGUGCUUACACCCCGGAAUGCAACGAUCGUCAAGAGACCCGGAUUCAGUUGUUUGCGCAAUGGUAACGAAGAAAACAUCGACGAACAACGAAUCCACGACAAACGGUUCGGCAGGUUUCCAGAGCAAAUCGACCGAGUUGCUCGAGAAAUCGUUGCGAAGACGGAAGAGGCAAUAUGCUAGCGCAGGAAUAAUCACGGGAAACCGAGAAAGAAAAGAAACUAAAAUGGGGUGGGAAUAUAUCGAAAGGAAGAGAAAGUAAAAAGCACGUGCGACAAAAAUGAAAAAAACAGAAAAACAGAGUAACAGAAAUAGAAACAAGAAAGUAAGCAUUCGCGUACACGCAAUAAAAAAUAAAAGGGGAAAAAAUACAAAGAAACACGCAUAUAGAGGAAGAAAAUGAGAAAGAUCGGGGAUUAACGAAAGACGAGGCAGGGGUGUGUCUGCGUGUGUAUGGUUCGAGCCUCGUCUCGCGAAAAUCAGCACCACGACAAGUAGGGGAAAGAGAGAAACGAAGAAUAAACGGAACAAAAAAAAAAAAAAGAAUUCUUAUAAAUUGCGCGGAGCAACGGCGUUUUAGAUUCGCGACUCGCGGGGGGCCCAAAAUAAUCGCGUAUAUAUGAUAUUCCUAGGUAUAUAUAUUUUUUAACGACUUAACUUAUCGAUCUAUUUCGAUUAGCCGUGUACUACCUUGUCUAUUUAUUUUCCACCGAGUCUUGAUUGCGAUCAACGACGACGACGAAGCGAGAGACACGAAUAGAAGAAAAGAAAAAAAAAAUACGAAAAAAGAAAAAAGAUGAAACGAGAAGAAUACACGAGAAGGAAAGAGACACGAUACAUAUACACACACACACACACACACAAACACACGCACACGCGAGAAACACGAAAGACACGCGAGAAAACGAGACGGAAGAAUCGUCGCGUCGGUGCGAGCUCGCGCGAAGCGUCGUAACGCUCUAGCGAAUUUCUACGCAGAGGCGGUCGCACGUUGCGAUUUCGACACUCGUGACACCAUUUUCUUUCGCAUAUACGCAUCUACGCGCAUACACGGAUACACAGAUACACGAACAACACACGUAUAUACAUACGUUAGAUACAUACAUACAUACAUACAUACAUACAUACAGAAAGAGAGGAGAGAAGCGUAAAAGCAGGAAGGCACUGUUGAAGUCACACGCGCACGCAUAUAUAUAAAUAAUUGUUCACACGUACACGGAGGAACAUACAGAGUCCACAGUCGCGAAAGAUUCUUUUAGGAAAAUCGAGCCCCGCGCUGUUUUCGAGCAAAUUGUUUUGGAAGAGGAAAGAGAAACGAAACGGGUUGGAAAUUUAUUGUAUAAUGCAGGUUGAUGCAAUUACUCCCGGAGAGACAGAGUAGUUUUGUUGUAGCACGCUCUCUUUAACCUGUUAACUGGAUCGUUUGUUGAAACGAACGUAAACGUUUGGAAAGACAUUGCCCAUCUAUUCGAACGUUGAGAGAAUGAAUUUCUAUUUUGCUGUUUCGUAUAGAAAAAAAUUGAUAAGUGUAAUAGAGGAGAAGGAGAGUAUAGAGAACGAAUAUCUAUUUUACUUUUUUAAGGUAAUAAGAGAAAAACGACGGGGAUAGAAUAACGAAGAAACAGUUUGAUAUUUUAACGAACAGCAACGAACGGUAUCGUUUUAACUCCUUGGCUCACGGCGUUCGUCCAUAUUCGCGAGAUUGCGACGCGUGAGAUAAAAGUUACGAUCUUUUCUCGAUCGAGAAAAUCGAGGACCACGAAACGUAAAUUCGUACGCGUAAUACAACAAUUGGAAGAGGAAAACGCGAAAAGUGGCAACACGAUUCGACUAAAGUAUGCAGCGGAACGAUUAUGUCGGAGGGAAAAGCAAACAAGCAAAGUUAAACAUACCUGUAAGCAUAAAUAAAAAGAAUCGCGAAGCAUGGAGUUAAAGCAAAGUACUUAUAUAUAUAUAUAUAUACAUAUGUAUAUACAUAUAUUUUUUUUAAAAUACAAGAAAAAGUAAGUUCAUUCGUAUCGAAAGCAACUUGUUCGUGAAAGUAAAAUACCGAAUUAUAUAUUUCCUAAUUAUCGAAGAUUUUGAAAAGCAACCAUCCAGCCGAUCGCCAGUUAACAGAUUAAAAGUGACGCAGCCAGAGAAAACUCGAGAGAAAUCCUAUCCUAGUAUCUAUAAAUAACUGAAGAAGCGUACGUAUGGAUAUACCGAUUCGACUCGUAACGCAUUCGUUACAUCUCCGUUUCGUACGAGAAUUGCCAGCAAACUCGAAUCGCGUCCAUUAAUCCCGGGACGAUGUAAUUCGACGGAGGCGUGACUCGUCUCGUGUCACGUAACUCGCGUGCUCGCGAACCACGAACCGAGGGAUUCGCGUGGAGAACAACGUCCGACGAAGAAGAGAACGAAACUGAAACGAAAGAGCGAAGGCAGACGCGGUGGCUCGUAGACGAAAUUGCAUAAUAUAGAGAUACAAAAGAGACGAAGACGAGUACAUCAAGCUUAAUACCAAAGGUGCCCUAAGAAGCGUGUAUUUAUGUUUUAUCAUUGGCGCGUCGCGAAAAGGCGAGCAUAUACAUUUAAUUAUGUAUCUUGUUAAGGAGAGUCUAAUAUCCUAGACGAGAGUGGCGAUGAACGACAAGCGUGAAUCGGACAAGCGUGAGUGAGAACGAAGAGAGAAAAUACGAAUAUAGAAAUAGCGUGUCAGUGUGAGAAAGAGGGAAUGGUAUGAACGAAUGAUCGAUAGAAUGAUUGUGUUAAUUUACGUAAUAAUCUUAUACAUAUACAUAACGAAUGCGAACAUAUCAUAGGAUUAAGCAGUAGAGGGAAGAAAGUUAAAGUUCUCGUAAUAAGGAUAAAAAGAAAAAAAAGUAACUUUUAAAACGAUCUGUCUUUGUAGUGGCGCGGAUAGACAGAAACGAGGAUACGAAGGUGGUGUGUGCCCUGCGUGCUAGAUACGACGGCCAACUCGGCACGUAAUUUGCCCAAGUGCCUUCCCGUUGGUCGAGUCAUGCUGUAAUUCGUACCGUGUAUUAUUCGUCUCGUCCCGAUUUCAAACGUCGAACUCCCCCCUCUCCCUAUUCUCCCGUAAAUCCAUAUUACGUAUUGUACGUAUACCAUACGCAUUAAAGUACGAAAAGAGAAAAAAGAAAAAAAGACAAAAAAAAAAAGAAAAGAAGAGAAAAAAAGAAUGGUGGAAGGAGAAUAGUCGCGCAGAGUCCUGAAUUACAGGAAGACGCUUCUUCAAAUUAAAAACUCUUAACUGAUCCAAAGCUGUUCGAGCCUGCCUGAUAGUUUUCUAUCGCCUCGUCGUUUUCUACUUAGACUUUUCUCCUCGAAGGACGGAGAGCUGCCGCAUCGACGCGUGUUCCUCUAAUUAAUAUUUCUCUGCUCGACGAUCGUCCCGUUGAUAGAAUCCACGUUAACUAUCCCGUACAAAAUGGGUUGAGAAGGAAUAAGCGGAAAGAGAACGAAGGAAAAAUUUCGCCGGCAUAUGGUAAACGAGAAAGACUAUUUAAAGAAGAAAGCGAGAGAAAACAAUCGAGAAAGUUCGUCAACGGUGAUCGAAAGAAUACUCCUCUGUGUAUAGCGCGAUGGAAAUAAUGGCAUAUUUUUCUCGUAGAUUCCUCGAAUUUUAUCGCCCGAACGGCUUCCCGAGUCGAUCGACAGCUUCUUUUCUCAGAGUUCACAGCCAAUCAUCGUGCUGAUUAAAUAUGAUCCUCGUCGAACAACCACUGGGCAUUUAUUAUACGCAUCCGCAAUUAAUAGUGGCGAGUGGUGAUUAAGUGGUGUAAAGGUGUAAUAGAGAGUGGUAGAGAGUGUUAACCGAACCGUGUGCACGUCAAUGGCGAGAAAUUACGAUGAAAGCGAAGAAUUCAUCGCCGGUGAAGCUAAUUCACACUGUGGAACGGCUAAUUUCACGAUUGGCGUUCAAAAGACACUUCGUCAGCGACAUGAGCCGACCGUCGUAAUUGCUCUCGAGCGUCAGAACGCUCCUUUAUUUUUCUAUUUUCCAUGAAAACACGAGCCGAGAAGAAAAGAAAAGCACACUCCGAGGGGAGGAAAAACGAGAGUGUCGUGCACAGUUUUAUUCCGUGCACGAUUGUAUUCGUGUCGAGAUGAGAGUUACGGAUGUCUUUAGCGUCGUCGAUCUUCUCGCGAUCGUGCCUGAAUCAAUCGUUCGAAAAAUAACGAAGCGACUGAAAAUCUCGUUGCUCGACGAAGAUGCAUCUUUCAGAGAAAAAAAAAUCUAUUUGUAGUUCGUUUCUGAUGAUUUUUAGCGAAAUUUAGGAUUUUUCGAUCCUAUAUAUAAAUCGGAAUCGAAUUUCCGUGAAUCAUUCUAGAACCUUUAUGUUUGACCAAUUUCUUUCUAAAAUUAGCUAGCGUGUAUAUACUAUGAAGAAAAUUCUAUUUAAUUAUAUAUUAUAAUAACCGCUACUGUCGUCGAAAUUCCAUUAACGAAUUAUACGAAGAGUUAUAUAUUUCAUUAUAUACAAAAUUAUUAUACGAAUCGCUAUUCGUGCUAUUGCUAUGCGUUAAAAAUUCUACCUAACAAAUAUUAGAUUAAUUUCUAAUAUCGACGCAACACGACUAAAUCAAAUUAUUAGGACAAUUAUUCUUUAUAACUUAUAACUUAAGAAAGUAGCUCGACCGCGACAAAUUUUCCUCUUUUUACUGAAUUUUUGCCGGGCAAGCAGUGUCGUUUGAAGGUCCAGGCGGAACAAACCGCCUUUCUAUCUGGCUUUCUUACCGCGAAAUAAAAAUCUGCCUGACCUGAAAGAAGAACUUGGCCGGUCCGUUUGCAGAGAACUGGACCGUCGCAAAAAUUCAGAGCGAGACGAGGUGUCCCUUGACGCUGGAAACGGUAAACGCAGCUCGUCGGGCAACGAGAUCACUCGGGAAGAAGUGUGUCAGCAAUCUGAAGGCUCGGUGAAACAAUUGAAAAUGGAACGGGCAACUUUUAAAAUCGGCUCGAAGCUUUCGGCGAUGCCGCGAUGAUUUUUCCAAUUCUAAGGAAACAUGUCGCUGAAUCGAAGAUGGAACGAAAAACAAGGAGAAAGAGAGAGAGACGAAGAAACGAAAGUAUGUAACGCGAGGUUUCAGGGUUGUCACUUUUCUGAUACAUAUCGUUAGAUCGUUAAGAGCUUGCCGAGCAGGUCGUUUAAAGGUAGAUAAUUGUCCUGGAAAGCGUUUACUCGUCGUUCAUUAUGAAAAUGAAGCAAAAAAAAAAAAAGAACGGGAAUUCUCAUCCAGCGUUCUUUUGUCUUUUAUCAAUCUUUUCAAAAAGGAAAGGAAAAGUGAGUGGAUAUAAAAGAGAAGUUAAUUCCUUUCGGCCGUGAUGAAUGUAUAUUUUAAUAUUGUUUUUACUGUAAAUAUAACUAUAAAAUCGGAGACGGAGAGAUUCAGCGAUGCACGAAACAAAAUCUUCACAGAAAAAAAGAAAAAAGAUAGGAAUUCUUCGUUCUCGUCUUUGUUUUUAAAAAUUUGUUUCGAGAAGAUUAAUUAACGCGUGUAUCAGCUACAGGGGUACUUAUUAAUAUCAUUCGAUCUACCUUAAAGCGAAGACCUUUCUUUUACGAAAAAAAUCUCACAAAACGAUUUUACGAAGAUCGAGAGAACGUUUCAAAAAAGAAGGAAGGCCGUUUUCAUACCGUUACGAGAUGGUAGUGCAAUUAUCCUGGAAAGUAAUCCGUGUGAAAUUGGCCAGAUAUUUGGCUCUGAAUGGAACGAUUUCGGUAAACGCUCUCCGGAUGAUUGUUAGUGCAACAAAAAAAAAACAAAAAAGAAAAAAGAAAAAAGUGUGUAAACCGCUUAAAUCCGUGAACUCGUCGAUCCAUGAACAUAUCACCGAAUUUCUGACUCGUUAGAGUAUCGUCGAUGUAUAUAUACAUAUACAUAUAUAUAUUCAUUAUAGAUGGUGACUGAAUAAUUUUUGUCCUGAUAGUCGGUAUAGAAAAAUGUGAAAAAGGUUUUAUCGAAUCUCCUCGGAUGCUCUCUUAAGUGUGUCUUGAACUAUAUACAUAGUUAUAUAUAUAUAUAUAUAUAUAUAUAUAUAUAUAUAUGUAUGUAUAUAAUAAAUUUAUUAAAACAAAUUGUUUUACAUUGGUAGCGGGGAAGCGUGGUUUCAAAGGUAAAAGGAGUUAGUCAAUUCGUCUGUGCAAGCGUUCCCUUCUAAACGAGAGUCAUCGUGAUUUUAAGGAAAACACGGAGAAAAAAUAAAACGAGAGACACGCAUUAUGUGAUCUUCGGAAACGACGGAAAGUAUAGCCUAAGUUGUAAAAUCCAUGCGAGGCCUUACAUUUGCGAAUUCGGAGAGAGCGACGACGCAAAAAAGAAAAAGGAAAAAAGAGAGGAGAAGUAUGAAACGGCACAGAUUCGUUUGCCCUUUGUUAUAAUCGUUAUUAUAAUUAAUUUAUUAGAAAAGGAAAGGAGCAAAGUGAGUGGCAAAAAAUGGGAAUUAAAUCGAGUAUCUUCGAUUCCCAAGAAAAAAUGGUUCUUCCCCAAAGAAAACGAUUCUUCUUCGUCACCUUGUACUUUUUCUUCUUCUUCUUCUUCUUCUUCUUCUUCUUCUUCUUGGGGGAAUCGUUCGUCGUCAUCGAUCCUUCUUUCGAGUCUUCAUCAGGUCCCAUUAGAUCCGCGGAUUAUUGAAUCGAGCGUAAUUCGAACUGAAUCGCGAACCGUGACUACCGACGUGGAAAAAAGAGGAAAACGAAGGCUCUCGAAUGCCUUUCCCAGGGCAACGUAUUCGCUUGACCUUAACGUAACAUAUCAUUUUACAAUUAAAAAAAAAAAACAAUAGUUGUACUGCCCAAGAUAGAGAGUGAAUGAACGUGAUCUGCGUAUAUAUGUGUGCGUAAGUGUUAUUAACCGUAACGUGUGAGUGUUGAACAAUUUCUAGCUAAUUCGAGGGACGAUCCACGCGAUUCCACGCGUCCGUAUUUCGGCCCGAAAAAAGCAAAGUAAUAUCGUACAACAAACGCGUGAAACCGAACACACCAAAAUACACAAGAAGCGAUUACUCGUGUGAACGCGCGUUUAUCGUCGAUGUCGCGCGUGACGACGCAACGUUCUGUCGUCGACAAAUUUUCAUUCGAACCUCACUCUAUUAAAAAAGAAAAAAAAAAGAAAAAAAUAGGAGGAACUUAAGAAUUGCGACGACGCUUCGGAAAGAAGAAGCAUCGUCGCGGUGUUAAAAAGUAUAAUUCUUCGGCACUCGCGGCCAAGCUUUUGCUACUUUUGUAUGAAAACGACGAAAAAAAAACUUACUUAUUACGCCACUGAAGCUGUGAGAAAUCUGGAAGACUAAAAAAAAGAACAAGAAGGGAUGUGUUAAAGGAAGAAAGAUAGAACGGCAUGCACGAAGUCGCGAUCGAGCGACACGAUUUUUCGAUAUCCAGCUACUCGUAUCGCUUGCUGCGCUAUUAAUUACUCGACAGCUCAGUCGCGUUCCAUUGGCUCGUUUUGGAUCUUUUUCUUCUUUCUCUUCGACUUUGUCGGCAGCGCGUCCACGAUCUUGAACUAUUUCCGCGAAAAUAGAUACAUAGACAAAGUCAUUGAAAUUAUAAAAUUGGUUAUAUCAUUAAGAUAUCCUGAUUGUUCGAAGGAUACGCGAACGAUCGACUCUAUUGCUGUUAAGAGUUCGUUUAAAUUAUAGAAAUGCGAGGGUUCCUAAGAGAUUAAAGGGCUCUGAGAAUCUUUAAUCACAGAUCGAAGAACUUUCAAAAUUCAAAGGAAAAUACAUUUUUGAUAGUACAAUUGAAAGGAAUUAGAAGAGAUCCAAAAAUUCUCCUUAAAUCAUAUUUCGAAACGAUAAUUCUACCAACUAAAGUCAGUCGAUUUUCAUCAAAAUUCGCCGAUCAUACUUUCGAUGGGUAAUGUUUCUUCGUUCCGAUAAAAAUGCGGAAAAGUAGGAUUUUCGUCGUCGGAAACAAAAAAAAAACAGAUCUAACGCGUAUCGAGAAUAGCCCAAAACGAGCUGAAGGAAUCGCUUUCACCGAAGACAACCAGCGAAACUAGGAAAGAAUAGAGAAAUAUUCAACGAUAAGAAUACGCAAUUGUUAGAUUGGACUCGAGAGAAUCAAAGUUUCUUCUUCGACCGUGUAUUUUUCGUUGUACAGACACAACCAAAAUUAUUAAACCAUCGAAAUUGAAAUUUAUAUCUCGACUACGAUCCAUUCGGUGAAAAAAACCACUAUCGAUACAAACCUGGAUAUAUUACGUUAAAGAGGAGGAAGGAAUCAACGAUCGUGUACAACAAAAAAUCACGAAUAGAAGAUAGCGAAAGCUGAAUAAACGAACAACAGGAGAAAUCGAUUCCGUGCGUGAUACGAAAAUCAACCGAUGUAACUGGUUAAUUCGCAACGCGAAAGGAACAUUUGCAAUGAGGUUCGCUCGCUCGCGAUGAAUCGUUUCGAUUGAAUCUAAAAAGUGCUUUACAAGUGAACUAAGGAAACUCAUAUCAGUAGGCAGUACGCUAUACAGUUUACAAUUAUAUAGAAUGGCAUUUCGCAUAAGGAUUAGUAGAAACCAAUAUAAAUACGGAAAGUAUAUAUAUAUACAGAUAGCUAUAUAUAUAUAUAUAUAUAUAUAUAUAUAUAUAUAUUGAAGUAAAGGAAACAAAUAUAUAUAUAUGUUUAUCAUACGUCGUGAACGGAAUGACGAAGAGGAGAGAAAAGAGAAAAGAGAGGAGGGGGGAAGAGAGAGAGAAAAAAAAGAAGAUAAAGCAAAGUACACGCGAAUCAGAUAUUUUGUACUGUGACUAAAAAAUUAUUCUAACGAGUCCGUUUUUGUUUCUUUUUUACAUACGUAUAUGUAUAUAAUAGAUAUGUAUAUGUAUACACGCGAAAGCACAGGCAAUGGAUCACGAAGAAAGAACCCGAACGAGGCUGACCAACCGUGUGAUCGAGAGCUUAUAGAUUGUGGAUCCCUUGGAUCAUGUUUUUUCACGCCAGCUAAAAACAAACGACGAAAUCAAGAAGAAUUUCCAAGAAAUCGACUCUCGUGGAUCGUGUAACGAACGUUAACGAACAAUCGGGGGACGUAAUUCGUCCGAAGAGCGUGGCAAGUCUUUAUCGUGUUUCCUUAAGAACGAAGAGGAAGAGUCCAUCGCGGCGACAACCGUCAAACUAUCGAUAAAAGGCAGAAGCGUUUAAGAAAGCACAGGUAAGAAGAUGCGAUGGAGAAAAAGAACAUGAUUUUCCGCAUGAUCCUGUACAAUCUACAGGAUAUUUUCUACGGAACACGAAGAAGAUUUUUAUGCAAUAGGAAAAGGAACGAAGAAAACCUGCGUUCUCUUUGUUUAAACGGAGGAAAUAUAUAUAUAUAUAUAGCUGACGAACACCAAAGACAUCGAUACGUAUAUCUAUCCAAAGAUCGCGAGGAUAUUUAGACGGCAGUGUUGUGUCAUCAUUGUGAUACGGUGUUAUAAUAAAUCGUCGAACACCCUGUGAACGGUGAAAAGUCGUGUUCGGCCGAAGGAAGAAACAAGACGUGCGAGCUCGAAAUUUCGAAACGAGGAACAGGGCCGACGAAUGGAAAUACACGGAUGAAAGAUAGAGAAACGAAAAACCUGCCACAUACACAGAUAAAAUAGAUCCCGAAUCCGUCCUAACGAGACGACGCGCUGAAAAUCGACGAAUCUCCCGGCCGGCGCGUAUCAGCGCCGCGAGUCCGAGUUUAAGAAAAGUAGGCCAGUCUCUCGAAACGGUAUUUUUCCAAGCAUCCGAGAAAUUAUUUUUGAUCGCGUAACCUCGCUCUCUGUCCACGAUAUUCUUCACCGGAACGCUGGUUAGACCGAAGCAAACGUGUCCAUAGGGAGGCCUUCGGGUGUCGAGCUACCGAGUUUCGAGCGUUUCAUUCCGUAAAUCGUGACCACGAGCUCGCACGCCUUGUAAAUCGAUAAGCGGGAGGAAGGUAAAAAUGACCGUAUCUCGUGACCAAGUUUCUCAAACGAUAUUACGUUUUGAUAGGAUCGAAGUGUAAGAUGGAGGAGUGGGAAUAGAGGCUGACCACGACGACACGAAUGCUCAGCGUUCCACCGAGAAGGGAAGGAAGAGGUAUUCUUAAUGGAAGAAGUAUAGCGCAGCCGUGAAAUAACGGCUGAACAUGUUUCGAGCGUCUAGGUAAGAAAAUCGAUGAAAGUAUAAGAAAUCGAAGGGCGGCACGUUCGCGUUUAACGUUAUAUAAUUAUUUCGCGAAAAAUAACAUUCGCAAAUUUCGACAUAUCUUUGAAUAAAUGUUAUCCGUAUUUAACGCAAUUAUCGCACGAAUGGAAAUUACAUUUGUGUAAAUAAAUUUCUAUAACUCGAAAGCGUCCGCAAAAGUUUCAUAGAUGAUCGAUGUUGCGAUAUAUUUGCGAAGGAUGUUGUAAUUUGGAUAAGAAAUAUUUGAAACGCGACGAAAUUCCAGGCAGUAAAGAUUACUCGCGAUUUAUUAACAUUUUAACUGGUAAUUUAUACGAUUUUAGAACUUGGAAAGAGAACCGUAGAAAUGUAGUAAUGGUCGGUUCUAAUCGUCGUUCGAGAGCGAUCGAAGCUUUGCAGAAUCUCGUGUAUCGUCGUCGAAAGCGUUUCAACGCUUAUUGCAACGAUGUUAUUGCGAAAUACGUGUUUCAAUUAUGCUUCGAUUUUCUAUCGAGGUAUAUAGAACGACUUUUUGAAAAAGGUUUUACGCGCGAUCGCGCCAUACUUCUUCCAGCAAUCGAGUAGGUUACAAGGAACGUCGGAAUAAAAGUGAUAGGAACGCGAAAUCUCGCGACCACGUACAAUAAGACAUAUCAUUUUUUCUAAUAUACCCGGACGACGUAGAUUCUCGUCUAAAUAGAUUAAAGGAAAAAAGAAGGAAAAGAAAAGCGAGGGGCUUUUGAAAGUCUUCGAAAAUUGUCCUCGAUCGAUCGUGACCUACCUUAUCGACAAUUUUUUCGAUCUUUCUAAUCAUUGAAAGUAAUAAGAAAGUGGUAAAAAGAAGAAAGGAGGAAUAGGUAAAGAAUUUAAAGGUAGAAAAUCGUCGAGUCCAUACAUUCCGAAAGUAUAAUACGACGCAUUAAUUAGGGACCGUAGCUAUCGUGUAUAAAUAUUUACAGAUAUUAGGCUCGGCUAUAAUUUAAACGCUAUAUUUAUUAUUAUAUACAAAGGUUUUAAGGUGUUAAAGAAAAAAAAGAACUUGUAACUCGUUCUAAUCUAUAAUAGCAUACAUCUCGUGAUGUUUUUUCUCGUCGAGUUUUUCGAACGUUUCGCGAUUAAAAAAACGUGUGUGAUCGUAGAUUGUUCGACGUAGUUGUUAUUCGAAAGGGAUUAAUAAUGUCGCGUGCGCUUCUUUUCCGUGCUCUAUGUGUUUUAGUUGCACAUCCGUCUGGCGAUGCUUCGCGUAUAUUAGCGGAAGUGACGUUGCCUGAAAGUAAUUUUUAUCCCUCUGAUUGACAGGAUGGAGUCGAGGCGAUCUACAUCGUAUAUUUCUCAAAUAACAUCGUCCCCAUCGAUCGCAACUAUCGUUUGUUACCGUUAAUCGUUAUUUAUAUGCAUUUACGGGAAAUUUGCAAAUACGGGACUUAUAAAACUAUAUACGUAACUUAUAAAAAUAUAUAAAAUAUCCAAAGUACGGUACUCUUUAUAAUUUCCAGUCUUUAUAAUUUGCAAAAAAUAUGAAUUCGCGUCAUUAUUUCCAAGAUAAUAUAAUCGAUUCCGACUGACUCCAUUCUAUCAGUUAUGUCGAUAAAUACACUGCUCAACGUAGAUAGUUAGAAAACGAUCUAUCGAUCUUACUUGUAAACAUAGAUAUUAUUAUUUAACAAAUCGUAAUUGAAAGUUUUCGUAUAUUAUACGCGUACACCAUGGUUUCGCAUACACGACACGCGAACAAUUUUCGCAAACCGAUGCAACCCAUAUGCACCACGAUGAAAGUGUGCGCAAUAAUUGCUUCUAUCCGACCUUGCAUCCGAGUUGAAGCCACUUUCUGCGUUUCAACAAUUCCACAGCCGAUUCUAUUCGGCCGCAAUUGGAAUCAACGCUCCGUAUCUCAUGCGUGAUAUCGUUCCCUGUAAACGCUCUCGUAGUUUCCUAGCAAUCGUUCCAACACGUUUUCUUAACACGAACGGCACAUCAAGAAAAUUUCUAACAGCCAGUCCUUGUCCCGAACAACAGCGGGAAAAGCGAUUCGAUCGAUAGGUAGACUACGAAUAACUUCGAAUAAUCUACGAUUCUAAUUAAAGCGCAAAUAGCAAUUUCUUCGUACGAUAUAUUUGACGAAAAAACGUAUUUAAAAAUAUCCUCUUACUUUUUAAACUUAUAAUUCGUAGAAUUAUAUUGAAAAAAAAAUGGGGCAUACAGCAAUUAAAUCUUUCUUUAUAUAAAUAUAUUUCACAAAAGUGAAAUAUUUCAGACUACAAAAUCUAACAACCACGUAACUACGCUUUAUCGUGUUAUUUUCGAACCUCGUAGCCCGAAGAACUAAAACCGAGGAAAUCUACCACCAAAUGAUUUACCAUAUAUUUUUGUACGAAUGGUGUACGAUAUAUGUAUAUAUGUAUUUUUUUUUUUUUUUUUUUUUUAUACUUCGAAUCAUUGAUUGUACCGAGCAGUGUAUUUCACCUUUCAACUCGAGAUUUGAAAAAGAGUCUCGCGGUAACGCGGAUGUUCCAUCCCAUUCAUUCCCGCGGACGAUCCGCAUGUCGAUAGUCAAUUCGUCGAUAUUUUACACGAAAAGAUAAUUCCUGACAGAAAUUGCCGCGUCGCCGAUCUCGUGACGUUGAUUCAAGUCGAUUAAUCGACUCUUCUAAUAAAACAAUUAGGAAAUUCCGUGAAACGUCUGCUUCGACGUUAUAUGUAUAUUACAUAUAGGUGUUUUUAUUCAAGGAAAUUUCAUUCUCGCUAUCAGAUGUUCUUUGCACAUAGGUACCUGAAAGGUUCGACUAUUUAUUAAUUUGUCAAGGCUGCGUAAACAAUCCCAAAGAAUAAAAGAUGCUAUUUUACGUGUCCGUGAUGGUGAAUCUCGUAGGUAUCUCUUAAGCGUGUAAUUAUCGUGGUACAGACGAACAGCGAUUCACAUAUCGUCAUGCGUCGCCGUCAUAAUUUUACUACGUGAAACUAAGUGGAACAAUGGAAAUCAAUUUUCUUUUUGUUUUGUAAAUAUUCGAUCAAAGAUUGUCUAAUAAAGAAAAGAAAAGAAUAAUCUACCUAUAGGAAAUUUUGAAGAAUCUUGGAUAGAAAGAAUUUCUGUAAAUCCUAAAUACAAUUUCAAAUGUAAAGAAAUUCGAACAGAGAAUCUCCGUAAGUUCCAAGAAAUCUUACACGGAGGAUCUUUACAAAUCCUGAGGGACGUUAGAUAGAAAGUAUCGGUAAAUUCUGAAAAAUCUUCAACAGAGAGUCUCUGCAAAUUGUGAGAAGUGUCGGAGGAUUGCUCUUUUCGGAGUUUUCUUACGUAAUAAAAUAACUACGGAAAUCGCAUAAACUUGCGAGAAAGUAUCGGUAAAUUUUGAAAAAUCUGCAAUAAAAAAAACUCUGAAAAGUGUUCGACAAACGAAUGCUCUGAAGGUCCUUAUAUAAUAGAAUAUCUGCGGAAAAUCCACACAAACUUGGGAGAAUUUUUGAUAAAAAAUUCCCCUAUGCUCUGGAGAACCUUCUGUAAAGAAGGAAGAUAGAUGUUGCAAAGCGAACCAUACAUAUCAAAUAAUAAACGAUAAUCUUCAUUAUCGACGUUUACAAUUGCGCAUAAAUGGGAUAGUUAUUAACGAUGGCCACGAUGACUGGCUCGAUCGUCCGUGGACAUUGAUUCCGACUAAUUAGAAUUAUAGAAGCCGAUUAAACAAGCCUCGAUCGAAGAAUCGAUUAACAACGAUGAUCACGAUGAUAUUGGAACGAUGAAAUUGUAAAAUAUCGCAGAAGUAAGGAAAAGGAGGGGGGUGGGGGAAAUAUUACACAUGGGAAGACACGAACCAAAACAAAGAAAGUCUACACUUAUUUAACAACGCACUCGAUAAUGUAUGCGAACGAUGAAUACAAGAAUUCGAGAUCUACUUACUUAUAUAGAUAUUUAUGAUAUUCGUGAUAAACCGAUAGGGUCGAAGCAGAUGAAAGUUAUAUAAAAGGCAAAGGAAGCGUGUGAAAUUAGUAGAAUCGAUGUCUACGCGUCGAACGACGUUUAUAGAAUGGGUGCAUCGUCGAAGGAGAACGAUAAACGUUAUUAUGGUUGAGUUAAACACCGAAGUUUAACAAUGUAACGAUGUACAGGGUGGUUCGUCAUUGAUGAAACUUAUUUAACGAUCGAUUUAGCAUUGAAAAUUAUUCUUUUUAACUGUAAAUUAUAAUUUUAUAUUAUAGCUGCUCUGUUUUUUAUAAUAAUUAUACGUCUCUAAUGUUGCUUGUAUUUUUUCGAAAGAGUAAUAUUCUCUUUAUUAUUGACUUCUGAUUUCAAAUAAAUCAACUGUAAUUUAAACACAAUCGUGAUCUAGUUUUGACGUUUUUCGAUGCUUAAUCGAUCGUUAAAUUAGGACCUAAGAAUAACGAAACAUCUCGUAUAUGUAAAAAGAAAAUUCUUGAAAAUAUAACAACGUUUCAAUGUUCAUAAUUAGCUGUUUAAAUAAUAUCUUAAAAAUGCUGUCUACUUCGGGUUUCGGAAGAUCAUCGAUAAGCGCCUUUUAAAAUAAGUUGUAUGAUUUUUAUUUUUCACCAGCGAGAUAAUUGCCUCGACGGAAGGCGCGACGAAAAUUAUUCAAACACAUUGUGAAACAGAAACUGGUGUUGCACAAUUCCAGCCUUUCGUAACAAUGUUCGCAAACUAGACGCGUAAAAGGUCUACUUUCCAUCUACUAAUUUACCACUAAUUAGCUACCAUCCGCUUAUGAAUCGCAACGAACGCGACUCCAAAUCACUGUUGCGUGCUUAACACCACUUAACUUCGACUUCUUGGUACGAAAUUGUACUAAAUUAUGCGCAUAAAAAGUGAUUAACGAUGAAAAGAAGGAAAAUACGAAGAACCUCUUACGCGCAAAAAAUCAGCUGUAAUUAAGUAGCCUGGCAUUGGUAAUCUAGAAUUUCUGGAACAAGGUAAAAGAUCUACCUUCUAAAUUCUACUUUUUAAAGCUUAAUUAGUCUCCGUUCAAGAAGGCGAUUUCCAACAUUAACUUACGACAGAUAGAUACUCGCGUUUAAAUAUUUUAUCGAAUAUUCGUUUUUCUAUAAUCUAAUAAUUUACAUAAUCGUAUAUCCAGUAAAAUAAUGAAGAAAACGUGAAAAAUAUGUAGAACGUAAAAUCGAAACGUAAAAGACUUGAAAGCUGUUUAUCCUCCGUACUUGUAUUUCGUACUAUACGAUUAAUUAUUCGCGUCGAUUAUCUUCUCUAGAACUUAUUAAUUUAUUUAAUUAUGUAUUUAAUAACAUUUAUGUAUUUACCUACAUAGAAAGCAAAGUUUCAACGUUCUUACUAUCCCAUAUCGUACCAAUAAUACGAUAUAUUUAAUCUCGUUUUCUCUAACUUAUUUAUUGAUAUUUAUAAUCUUUGUGAUUUCGCAACAACCAAAGACAAGAUACCUGUUGUAUUGAUAAUAAACCGCGUAUUUAAACGAAAAUUAUUUAUAUCCAAAAAGAAAGAGGCAUUUCAUCGUUGAUAAGCACACCUAAACAAACGUCGUUCGUUGAGUAGACAUCUGUGAAUUUGUAUCUGUGAAAAUCUAUACGUGUAAUCGUAGUAGCACUUUGUACUACAGUAUUUGUCCAUGUAUAAGAGAAAGGUUAAUCGCGUAGCAUAUGUCCCUGUAUUUAUUUGCCUGUUAGUUUUCUGUCCUGAAGGACCUAGCAUCAAGAUAUGUACGUUCUAAUAUUAAUAGGAAAAGAAAUGAUUUAUUAAAGAAAAAUGGAACAUUUAGAUAUUGGAAAAAAUGCCAGGGUCUAUGUAUAGUUGUCACUAUCACGCAAGCUUUGUGUAUGCAUUCGUUAUAUGCUGGGUAGGAUAGAUAAUCAGAUGACCGAAUGUUCCGAAUAUUCGACUCGAAUGAUUUCAUCGAAAUCCGAAUACUCGAACGAACGUGCUCGAUUUAUUCGAAUCAAACCAAUGAAUUUGAAUAUCGCCGAUCGUAUCAAAUAUCUUAAAAGAUAUUGGUUGAUAAUUUUAAGAUAUUUCUAAUUUUAUAUAUUAUUGUAGAUUAUUGGGAAAUUUAAUUGAAUUAUUCUUUUUUUUUUUUUUUUUUUUUUUGGUCCUUUUCUAUUUGUUGAUAAAAUUUUAAAUUUUGAAAAAACUCGAACGCAUCGUUUGAAAAUUCGAAUAAAUCGUAGUAGCAUUCAAAUAAUUGGAAAAGAAUUGGACAAUUUUCUAAUUGAACUUAUUCGAUCGAUCGAAUUAUUUCGGAUAUUGUUUGAAUGACAGAUUAUUCGAGUCAGAGUCCGAUAAGUCGAAUUCUAUCGGAUUCGAUAAGACGAUUUUUCAAUUAUUCAAUUCAUAUAGUCGAAUACUCAAUACGAAUCGAAAUCUAACCUCGAGUAAUCGAAUAUAUUUCGAGUGCUCUCGGGCAUUCGACUUUCAACGUGGUGUAAUAACACUCCGUUGGUACAUAAUCACUGAUUAUUUAAGAAAACACGUUAAAUUUUCCAUGAAAGUACAUAACACUAUCGAAUAUAGCGAGCCCGUGUAGGAAAACUAAACAUCGAAAGAAUAACUAGAAAGUCGAGCGGGAAGAUACUAUGAAAGUUUAAAUUUAAACUUCUUAGGUUAACAAUUUGUUAACUAGAAUUUUAUUAAAACAUGUAGGAUGAAAGUAUGUUACAAAAAUCGAUCGUUGAUUUAAUCAAGGAUGUCGAUUAUUAUUCUUAAGCGUUAUUUUAAUGUACAAACUUCGAUUAAUCGUUAAUCUCAGUUUACACGAAGUAGUCUGAAAAACAAUUGUAUGCGAGUAUGCGUUGAAAGAUUAUACUUUAAAAGAUUUACUUUCCAUAAAACCAUAAAAGCUACAAGCUCGACAUGUGUAACGAUAGGAAAAUUUGUAUUGGAAAGGAAACUAAAUUCACGUCAUUAUUCACGCAAAAUAGAAAUUAACGAACAGGAAACGAUGUUCGGUGACAUUUAUUGUUAGACUACGGGUUUUUAUGCAUUUAUAAGGAAUUUGAAAGUGCAAAAUUUCAGAGAAUGCGCAUAAUGUGAAAGAAUGUAUAAAUCAUCCAAAGUAUAUCGCUUUCUAUAAUACUUGGCAGAUGAAACAAUAUUUUACCAAGUCUGUGCUUUUUUAACUAUAUUAUCAAAAAAGUGAAUUUCCAUAAAAAUCAGCAGUCUAAUUAUUAUGUUAAUCGAAUCUAUCGUGUGUAACGUGAUUUAGAAAAAGAAAGAUAGCGACGUAUAUACAUAUUACAAAACACUCUCUAAUAGAAGACGCCCGAAUUGUGAUAUGUUUAUAAUGUUUAUAAGCCGAUACCUGUUCACGGAAAAAAUUCAUUCAAAUGGUGGGCCGUCGUUCAGCAAUUGCUUCGCGCUCAGCAAUGUCGUUUACACCGCAACGAUCUGCAACGAUCAUUUCUUGUUCUUCACACCUGGUUAUUGCACGUACACUCGUUAGCCGCGCAAACGAUUACUGACACGCGCCAUAUUUUAUCAAGAUAUCGAUACGAUUGUUACUUCGAGCGAUCGAGUUAUAUUCGGACGGGUAUAUUCAAAGCGUACCAAACGCAACGAUUCAUUUGAAUUUUUCAUUAAGAAUGUUCAAUUUUAAUUCGACAAAAGAUUUUCCAUGCAAUUUAAUAGAUUGGGUACGUUUUAUAAAAAAAAAAAAAAAAAAUAACGUGAUAAUGUUAUUGCGUAGUUUUCGAAAUAUAAAUUUUUAAUUUACUUUUAUCAUGAAUUUCGACACAUUUUAUCGCAAACGUAUCAUCGAUCUUUCUCUUGAUCGCAAUACUGAAACAUUUUCUUCCGUGAACAAACAUCGUGGAUCUUGUUAAACAAUGGAAAUUAUUCCGACAAAUUCACACAUAUAACUAGAGUAAGUACGUGUGUGAAUUUUCAAUUCGAUGUACGUAUACACAUUGCACAUAUUAGGUGAAAUUGUGUAGAAAAUGUCGUUAAUUGAGAACAGAAUUAAUUGAGGAUGAACAUUAAGAAAAACAUUAAUCCUCGUUACUUUUAAUUCUAUUAAAUUAAUUUAAAUUUUUAUUUUACAAAAAAUAUAUACAUAAGAAAGAGAAAGAAGAAUCUAACUGUUCUUGAUUGACGAUCUAUUCUUGAUUAAUGUCGUAACGCAUAUUUAAAUACUUGAUGUUGCGAAACAUCGCGACCGACAAAGCCUCUCGAUCGAAAUCGAGGAAGCGAUAGAGGACAACUUCAAACGUAUGGUUCGAUGAUAAAAAACGGGGACGUGCCGGAAAACUAUUUAAAAAAGAAUCAGACAGAAAGAGUGAAAAAAAAGAAACAAGAGAAACCGGCUGAUUUACUUUUACUCAAUUUUAAUUGAACACAUGCGUAAAACAAUGAACACUUCAUCCUCCGCCAACGGAUAUAAAUGCGAGAUUUAAAGUCGCCAAUACGCACGAGUCAUGUGUUUAAAAGAAGCAAUUACCCUAAAAAGAAUCGCGCGUAAGAAUUACUUACUAGGGUGUUUUCGUUGAAAGAUAAAAGGAUAAAAAAAAAAAGAUAAAAAUCCCAACGUAUUUACGAGGUAGAUAAUAAAAACAACAAUAAUAAUAAAUAAUAAUAAAUAAUAAUAUUUAAUUAUGAUAAAGUAAUAAUGAUAUAAUAAUAAUAUUAUUAAUAUUAAUAUAAUUAUAAAUUAGUUGCAGCUUUCUGUGUAAGGUUAUUGUGAUAUUUAAAAAGAAAAAAAAUAAUAACUUUACCGUAGCGAUAUAAAAUUAAUUCAGAAUUAAGAAUCUGAUAUUUAGUGAGCAAAUAAAAAAGAAAGAAAUAACCAGUAUGUCGACGGGGCUUUUGAGUGAUGCCUCUCCGCGAUCGAUUCAAUAUGGUUACGUAUAGAGAAUGGAUAAAGAAAAAAGAAAAUACAGCGACCCGUGAGCGGCCGCGUCUCUCUCUCUCUCUUUUUUUUUCGUCACCUUCUUCACGGGCGAGGUUAGAACGACAAUCUUAGGCCUCGUCAAAAUACUGCCGGAUACAUAAGGACAUUCCGAAAAUCGGUCGCAAACUAACGCCAGCUGAUUAGAUUAAGCUAUUUUUUUUGCAGUCGAAUUCGAAUGCAAACAAUUACAAAAAAAAAAAAGGGCAAAGUAAAAGAAAUAGACGGAGGAAACAGAAAAACGAAAAGAUUUUGAUCGAGCUGUUGCACGUAUUAGUGCGAAAGAAAUUCUUGCGAUCUGCUUCGAUUAUUCGGAAAGUCCAUUUUGCAUCUGGAUCAAUCCGUCCAUAAUAUGUCUCACGCUUGAGGCAUUUGCACAAAUCUGUGCAUAUUAAUCAUUGGGACUACAAAAACAUAUCAUCAUAUGUAAUGGUAAUGAUACCGUAUACAUAUAUAUACAUAUGUAUACAUAUAUAUGCACAUAUAUAUACAUAUAUGUACAUAUACAUAUAUAUAUAUAUAUUUAAAAAAUAUUAAGCAAUAAGAUUUUAUUUAUAUGCCCGUAGAAGAAAAAAUUGAAUGAACAACUGCAUAUCAACACGUGUGUCUGGGCAAGGAUUAGCUUAUACAUGAUAUAUAUAUAUAUAUACACAUAUAUAUAUAUAAUUAAAAUAUAAAUAUAUAUAUGUAUAUUAAUAUAUAUACAUAUAUAUAGGUAUAUAAUCUUUACUUCGUCGUUGUCAGGCGUUAAUGUUAAACUUAAUUAUCAUUAAUUAAUUAUUAGAUUGUGAAAGAAUUUCUUCAGGUUCUAAGCAAGAUUUGGAAAUAAUAAAACGAGUAAAAUACAUAGC